AACUAGUUAAUCGUCUCGCGUGCAACAUUUCUUGGUGCUCAAGUAGAGAGACCGACGUAAUUUACGUGUUUUCUCUCUCUUUCUGAAAAUUUGGCUCUCUCUACUUCGCCCCAUGCGCUGUUGUAGCCGAGCUAGCUAGCAAGCUUUCCAGGCUAAAUGCAUUGUGUUGUUUAAUGGUUGCGGACGGGGCUGGUUGGAGGGAUUGUCCAGUUUAGCGGACAGUGCGUUGGCUGCCUUCAUUAGGCGGAAGAAAAAAAAAAGUCUGUAGCUGCCUCCACUUAGCGAAACAGGGAUGUCUACGGCACGGGUAGACUACAUUGCACCAUGGUGGACUUACUGGCUGCACAAUUUCCCCCACAUCAACCUGAGGUUCCAGCCCGUUGACAACAGCUUCCGACCGCAGGAGGAGAACUACCAGCAGUCGCUGAUCUUCCUGGGCUGCGUGGCCGCCGCUGGGCUGGGGCUGAACCUGCUCUUCCUCGCCGUCUACCUCAGCUGCCUGUGCUGCUGCCGCAAGGAGGAGGAGGAGGAGAGCAAGAGGCCCAACUCCUGCUGCGUCACCUGGGCCGCUGUCACCGCCGGCCUCAUCAGCUGCGCGGCGGUGGGCGUGGGUUUCUACGGAAACAGCGAGACCAACGAUGGCGUCUACCAGUUGACCUACUCCCUGUACAACGCCAACCACACGCUGGGCGGCGUCGAUAACCUGGUGAGCGGCACUAUGGGCAGCAUGCAGAGCGGGCUGAAGCAGCACCUGUCCCGGCUGGACGAGAUCCUGGCCACGCGCCUUGACUACGUGCAGACCCUGCGCUUCAUGCAGCAAAUGGCCGACAACAUCAUCAAGCAGCUGGUGGGCUUGCCCGACUGGGACCAGGUCAAGGUGGACCUGGCCGCCCUCGCCGACCAGACCGGCCAGAUGGAGUACUACAGGUGGCUCACUUACCUGCUGCUGCUGAUUCUGGACCUUGUGAUCUGCCUGAUGGCUUGCCUUGGACUGGCCAAGCAGUCUCGCUGGCUGCUCACCACGAUGAUGGUGUUCGGGGUGCUCACCCUGGUCCUGAGCUGGGCGUCGCUGGGGGCGGACACCGCCGCAGCCGUGGGCACCAGCGAUUUCUGUGUGGCCCCAGACAAGUUCCUCAUGAACCAGACCAAGGACUUCAUUAGCUCUGAUAUUGUGCACUACUACCUGUACUGCAGCCAGAGUCUACCCAACCCCUUCCAGCAGUCGCUGACCAUCUUCCAGAGGUCCCUGACCACCAUGCAGCUGCAGAUACAGGGUCUGCUGCAGUUUGCUGUGCCUCUCUUCCCCACUGCUGAGAGGGACCUGCUGAGCAUCCAGAACCUGCUGAACUCGUCUGAGGCCAGCCUACACCAGCUGACCGCCCUGCUGGACUGCCGCGGCCUGCACAAGGACUACCUGGACGCGCUGAUCGGCGUGUGCUACGACGGGGUGGAGGGGCUGCUGUACCUCUGCCUCUUCUCCCUGCUGGCCGCUUGUGCCUUCUGCGCCAUGCUGUGCGCCAUCCCCCGCGCCUGGAGACACAUCGCCAGCCGGGACCAGGACUACGACGACAUCGACGAGGAGGACCCCUUCAACCCCCAGGCGCGGCGCAUCGCGGCCCACAACCCCAGCAGGGGUAACAUGCACAGCUUCUGCAGCUACAGCAGCAGCCUGGGCAGCCAGAGCAGCCUGCACCCGCCCGCGCAGGCUGUCUCCAACGCCCCCGUCUCCGAGUACAUGAACCAGUCAGUUCUCUUUGGGGGGAACCCUCGGUAUGAGAACGUGCCGCUCAUCGGGAGAGGCUCGCCACCACCCUCGUACUCCCCCAGCAUGAGGGCCACCUACCUGUCAAUGACUGACGACCAGAUCAGGCACUUCGGGAACGAUUUCCAGGCAUAAACUUCCUCUUCCUCCUCUUCCUCCUCCCCACCUUCCCCCCCGUCCCAGAUGGUGUAGACACGCGAACCCGCCCACUGCGUGUGACACCGUGGGCUGCCGUCGUCGUCGCGGAGACCGCGCCGGCCAACCUCCCUCACCCUGGUCAUUCCCCCCCCAC